AUGAUGGCGACGCAAGAUAUGAGCAUGCAUAUGGAGGAGGUUGUCGUGGUAACAACUCCAGAUAGUGUGGUGGACGGCAGCGGUGUGGAGGAAGUGAAGACCGUCCUCGUUACCACCAAUUUGUCCCAGCAUGGGAGUGACCUCAAUGAGGACACCCUGGAGACGGAAAAUGCAGCUGCUGCAGCUGCCGCAGCUUUUACCGCCUCUGCACAUCUGAAGGAAGCCCUUUUAGGCGUCCUCAGGAAAAUCAUGGAUUCGGGCAAGCUGGAUUUCUACGAGCACACCAAAGUUUGCUCGAACACCUGUCGCAGCACUAAAAUCGACCUGACCGGAGCCAGGGUGUCCCUCAGCAGCCAGACUUCAUCAGAGUACACCCCUCUCACUCCGGCCUCCGCGGAUGUCAACGGAUCUCCGGCCACCAUCACCAUAGAAACCGAGGAUGCCGGCGAGUGGACCACUACUAUUGGAGAGGACGCCUUUGCAUUCUGGCAAGGGCUGAAGGACGCCGGGUUGCUUGAAGAAGUGGUGCAGGAGUUCAGGAUGGAAUUCACGGAAGCGGUGAGGGGCCUGCAGCAGAGGAUCCAGGAGCUGCCUUUACAGCUGAACGAUGCCAUCCUGCUGAACAACAUCGUCCAAAACUUUGGCAUGCUGGACCUGGUGAAGAAAGUUUUGGCCAGUCACAAGUGCCAAAUGGACCGUUCCAGAAAGCAAUACACGCGAGACUUAGCAGCUCUGGAGCAGCAGUGUGACGAGCACCGCAAGAGAGCCAAGGAGCUGAAGUACAAAUCCCAGCAUCUCAACAACGUGCUGAUGACCUUGACGCCCGUCUCCAUCCCCUCCCCUCUCAAACGCCCCCGGCUGACCCGGGCCACAUCAGGACCGCCGGCCAUAACCUCCCAACUCCUGACUCAGUCGGCCCAGAUCGCCCUGGCUCCAGGCGUGCCGGUCACCCAGCUGGCCGGUUUGCCCAUCGGCAAAGUCGUCUCCGCCCUGCCGGCGUCUGCUCUGGCCAAGGCCACCGCCCAGGUGACGUCAGCCGGCUCUCCCAUCUCCUCGCUGCUGGGCGGGUACACCAUCUUGGCGUCGGCGGGCUCCGCCUUCCCCAACACGGUGGAAAUCCACCCGGAGGCCUCCAACCUCACCGUCUUGAGCACCGCGGCCAUCCAGGACAGCAGCACGGUGGUCAAAGUGGUGAGCCCUUUCCAGCUGCUCACCCUGCCAGGGCUGGGCACGGCCAUCCAGAACGUGACACAGGUGUCUCCCGGCGGCAGCACCAUUGUGGCGGUGCCCUCCAGCUUGAUGGAAGCCGCUUCGGCCACGGAGGAACACACAACCAUUGAGGUGACCACCGUAGCAGACGAGCCUCAGCAGAAAUGA